GUUCAGUGGGUCGCCAAGGAUACAAGUUGAGAUGGAGGAGUGUAAGAGGAAAGAAAAAAAACUUGCCCUGGUUUGUUACAUCACAUACCAAAUAAGGAAUAUACACACCAAAUACGGCAUUGGGUCUGUUUUUUAUUAAUGACUCUCUCACUCUCUUUUUCCUCCACUUUAUGCUUUUUCCUUCUCUCUGAAAAAAAGAAGCAAGUAGAGGCGUGGAAAAAUUUGGGUGGCUUUUCUCCAGGAUUCUCUGAGUUGUGUGUUCUGUCCCGGGCAGGAGUGAGUGGCACUUCUUCUCUGGAGAGCACACAGACCAAAGGCACAGAAGAGCUAAUCAGCGUCGUCUCUGCCUGACACAUUCAGACCAACUCACAGAAGGAAAAUACCUGGAAGAUAAUGACCUAACAGUUGUCUUUUUGCAGACGUUUGAAUAUCCCACAGAAAGAGCGGAAUACAGCGCUCUGAAUUCUUCAUUCCAGAGCUGUCUAUUCUGACACUUUGGUGGACUAUGGGGAAGAGGCAGUUAUUACUUUAUGCCCUCUGGGGUGUAAUGGUUUUUGGCCUAUUCCCAAAACUUGAAGCUCAAGAUGCCCCUGGGACAGCUGACCUUGUACUCUUAAUUGACGGAUCAGAAAACGUUGGAGCUGCCAACUUCCCCCUCAUCAGUGGUUUGGCUGCUCAAGUGAUUGAGGGGCUUGCUGUGGGCAGGGAUGCAAUUCGUGUAGCCCUUGUGCUUUAUGGUGCUGACCCUGAGAUUAAGUUCUAUCUCAAUAGCUAUGACAACAGACAGAGUGUCCUCAGUGCUAUCCGGGGGCUUAAAUACCCUGGUGGGGAGGCAAAUCUGGGGGCUGCAUUGCAAGAGGUGGCAGACAGUCUGUUGGGCGAAGACGCAGGAGGCAGGGCAGAGGAAGGGGUCCCCCAGGCACUGGUGGUGAUCAGUGCUGGGGAAUCCGCUGAUGAUGUCAGUCAGAGCGGCAGGGCACUAAAACAGGACAGUGUGUACAUCUUUGGUAUUGCUGCUGGUGAUUCUGCCACUGCCCAACUGGAAGCUAUUGCUACAGACAAAAGCUUUGUUCUGUCGGCUCCUGAUGUCAGAACAGUCUCAAGCAUGGGUGACCAGAUACUGCCAUACAUUAAUGGGGUUGCCCAGCGCAACAUUGUGAUUCAAACAGAUUUCACAGAAGCUUUGGCUGUUGGGCAGAGAGAUGUCAUUUUUCUCAUAGACAGUAGCUUGGGCAGCAUCGGAAUCAAUGUAGCGCGUGAAGUCAUCAGAAGGUUUAUUGAGUCCGUACCAAUUGGCCCUGAUCAGGUGCAGAUUGGAGUGGCCAUGUUUUCCACUACCCCAAAGAUGGAGAUUGAUCUAAACUCAUUCAGUUCAAAAGAGGCUUUGAUCUCUGCCCUUGUGAAAAUAAAACCCAAACCUUCAGUCGAAAUUAACAUUGGUGCAGCCCUGGAUUUUGUGAGGACCAACAUGUUCAGAGCUGAGAGGGGGAGUCGCAUUCAAGAUGGAGUGCCACAGCUUUUAUUGCUCCUGACCAGUAAAAAAUCCAAAGACAGUGUCCAACAGCCAGCUGAAGCCCUUCGACAAAUGGGUGUUCUGACAUUGGCUGCAGGUACCAGAGCUGCUCAGGAGGCAGAGCUCAAGGAAAUAGCUUUUGAUGACAGUGUGGUUUUCAUGUAUAAAGACUUCAGGGUGUUGUCACGCAACCCCAAAGAAAUUAUCUCCCCUCUCUCUACAUUGUCUGGUGUUGUUGUGACAGAGACUCCAACUGAAACAGGACCAGUUGUGGAGGUUACAACAGUCCACACACAAAAAGUUGUCCGAGACAUUGUUUUCCUGGUGGAUGGAUCUAACUAUGUUGGAAAUAACCUGCGUUUUGUGAAGGACUUUAUCAACGGUGUGGUCAACAAGCUAGAUGUUCGACCUGAUAGAGUGCGCAUUGGACUAAUGCAGUUUGCUGAGGGGCAGCGCACAGAGUUUUAUUUGAAUUCUCACAACACCAAACAGAACGUGCUUUCUGCCAUUGCACAGCUCAGUUUGAUGGGAGGACGUGCACUUAACACUGGUGCAGCCCUGAAAUAUGCUCUAGAUAACCACUUCCAAACCUCAUCUGGGUCUCGUAGGAGACAAGGAGUCCAGCAGGUACUGGUGCUAAUAACAGGAGGCCCAUCUCAAGAUGAUGCUAAAAGGAUUGCAGACCGACUGGCUUUAGAAGGUGUUUUGACAUUCGCUGUUGGAGCUGGCCAGGUGGAUUUGACUUUUCUGAAAACUGCUGCUUUUGUUGAAGAUUUGGCAUAUUACAGAAGAAAUUUUGCUGACUUGUCAAGUGUUGUUGAAAAAAUUAUGACACCACUCAUCACUGUUGUUGGGGAGACUGAUACAAUUGAAGGAGCUCCAACGCCUGGCCCCUCCCAUGGAGAAAGGGAUGUUGCAUUCUUGAUAGAUGGCUCUGAUGAUGUCAGAGGUGACUUUCCCUACAUUCGUGACUUCAUUUCCAGAGUGAUUGAGCCUCUUGACAUAGGAAUUAAUAAAGUAAGAGUGUCUGUUGUCCAGCAUAGUGAUAGACCAAGCCCUAACUUCUUCCUCGACACUUACCAAACCAAAGAUGAGGUGCUGAGAGCUGUAAAUGGGCUCACUCUGGCAGGUGGCAGAGGUCUGAAUACUGGUGCUGCAUUGACUUUCAUGAAAAACACAGUCUUGUCAACAGCACGUGGCAGUCGAGCUGCACAAAAUGUUCCCCAAUUUUUGAUCGUUCUAACUGCUGGAAGAUCAAGAGAUAGUGUCAGAGAGCCUGCGGUUGCCCUGAAGACUGAGGGAGUUGUACCUUUUGGUGUUGGAGUAAAAAAUGCAGAUCCCAAAGAGAUUGAGGCCAUCUCUCACAAUCCAUCAUUUGCUUUCAAUGUAAAGGAAUUCAGCCAGCUCAACACUGUCCAGGAAAAGCUCAAGAACUAUGUGAACUUUCAAGAACAAGACCUGACGAAAUUUCUAGAGAGAGGAAUUAACAAACGGGAUAUAGUUUUUCUCCUUGAUGGCUCAGAUGAUUCACGAAAUACGCUUCUUACCAUUCGUGAGUUUAUUCGGAGAAUGGUUUUGGAUCUUGACAUUGACCAGGACAUUGUUCGAGUUGCUGUAGUACAGUACAGUGAAGACCCUUUGAUUCACUUCCUACUUAACACUUACAAUAGUAAGAAAGCUGUACUUUAUGCCAUUAAUGGCCUUACAGCAAAAGGUGGAAGAAACAUAAACACUGGGGCAGCUCUACAGUAUGUCAGGGACCAUGUUUUUACUACUGCUUCUGGAAGUAGACAUCAUCUAGGAGUCCCUCAGGUGUUGAUUGUUAUGACUGGUGGACGGUCCAUUGAUCAAGUGGCAGAUCCUGCUGAAGAUCUCAAAAAUUUUGGCGUGUUGUCCAUUGCCAUUGGAAUAAAGAAUGCUUUAGAGUCAGAACUCCAGACCAUAGCAUUUUCACCUAGAUUCAUUUUUAAUCUUCCAGUCUCUGGUGAACUUUUACAUAUUCAGCCUGACAUCCUCUCCUUUAUCAAAUCCAAAAUGGGGAUAGAACCCCCAACUAUUAUUGGUAAGAAUAACCACACAUGGCAUUUUCUUAAAAUCCAAGCUUUUUCUUUUGACUUUAGGCAUUCAAUUGUUUGGAAUUAAACUUCAACAAAAUCUCUUUCUUUCACUUAACUGCCUGUUUUAACAAUGUGGCCAUUUAUUGAUUGAUUCAACCUUUUUAACAUCUCAGUUAA